CCUCAUGUGAGACCUCACUCACGGCACCUAGGAGCACAGCAGUACAGACUUUCUGUUGUCGAACGAAAAUAUGAGUAAAGUUAAGGGAAUCUUUCCUUUGUUCUUAGCCACAGCAUUUGGCGUUGGUAAUGGUAUGUUGCACUACAUUAAUUUGCUGGUAACAUUUUAAUGAGAGAAACUUCAGGUAUCUGGGUUUUUGGGCCGGCGUUAAAAGAGCAACAGGAGAAAAAUUUGCAGGAAAAGUGAGUGAGCCAGAGGAAUAUAUCUGCUUGUAAUGUUUGCGUUGUGAUUGACUGAACCAAUUUAGGGCAGCCUUUGAACAUCCGAUUCAAACUCAAGAAAGCGAGGCGGCAAGGAUAGCAGAAGUAGAAGCAAGUCGAGCUGCUAGUACAGAUGCCUUAUUGAAUUCAUCCAGCAAUCCAAGCUCUUGGUGGCAGUCUGCUAAAUUUUGGUCAAGUCCUCAGCCAACAUCCAACAGCAGAUCGGAAUCCAAACCAAAAGAACUAGCCAACGAGGCGAAGAAAUCAUGAUUCAGCCAUCAUUUUGUAUCAUAUCAGCAAUUGAUAAGACGGGACAAGCGUCAUAUUGUACUUUGUCUGUUCUAAAAAGGCAGCAUAUUGUUUUAGGCUAAAAUAUGGUGGAUUAUAGGCCGCCAUCACUGUAAUAUAGAAUGCUUGCUCUGUGAUCAUAUAUCACAAGCUGUUCUCAUUACCCCAAGCUAUUAUGUGUCACGAAACUGGGCCAUGAUAGUCUUUAGGAAGGUAUAUUGAGGGCAAUUUACCUGCUAUACGAUUAGGAGUCUACAAUAAUAUAAUUCCGGAUUAGCAGAU